AUGUCCAGCGGAGAACGUGGUGUUAACACCACAAUUGUGUGUUGCGAGAAUGCUGCAUGUAGUUGUGUUCCGCCUAUAAUAAUUUACAAACGUAAGCGUAUGCCCAAUGAAUUGAAAGUUGGUGCACCACCAGGAGCUAUCGUGACCAUAUCUGAUACAGGUUACAUUAAUGCAGAUAUUUUUAUAGAGUGGCUGAAACACUUCAUUAGCAAUGUUAAAUUUUCUAAUGACAAUAAAGUUUUGUUGUUGUUAGAUGGUCAUACAACGCACUCGAAGAAUUUGGAUGCUAUAUUAUUAGCCAGAGAAAAUGGGGUUAUUUUAUUGCAAUUGGCGGGGCAUACCACUCAUCGUCUUCAACCAUUGGACGUUAGUUUUUUUAAACCUAUGGAAAUGUAUUUUACACAAGCAAUACAGAAAUGGUUAAGGACUAACCCAGGAAGUGCUGUAUCGCCAUACACUAUGACAGCUCUCUUGAGUGAGGCCUAUUCUCGAUCUGCAUCCAUAGUAACCAUCAGUAAUGGAUUUAGAGCUACCGGAGUGUGGCCCGUGGAUAGAGGUGUCUUUAGUGAUGUCGAUUUUGUGGCNAUAUGA